UUGCGCGCCGGCGAGGCGAGUGUCGCCUUUUCGCCCGCUCCCGCUGCCUAUUUAACCCUCGGGCGGGCAGCGCUCCAAGCUUUUGAGCGCUCCCAUGACCUCGCCAGGCACCGGGACCCUCCUCUCUUCCCGCCCCGCCGGAGCAUGUGCUUCCGGACCGGGCGGGGAGAGGCCGAGGGGAGGUUCCGCUUCUUCCAGGGCAGAUGCUGGCAGCGGCGCUUCCGCUGCGUCGGCGGGGAAGAUGAACUAUAUGCCCGGCACCGCUAGUCUCAUCCAGGAUAUCGAUAAGAAACACUUGGUCCUCCUCCGGGAUGGCAGAACGCUGAUUGGAUAUUUACGCAGCAUUGAUCAGUUUGCAAAUUUGGUAUUGCACCAGACAGUGGAGCGCAUUCAUGUGGGCAAAAAGUAUGGCGACAUCCCUCGUGGCAUCUUUGUGGUGAGAGGCGAAAACGUCGUACUUCUGGGAGAAAUUGACCUGGAGAAGGAAAGCGACACCCCUUUGCAGCAAGUGUCAAUAGAGGAGAUUCUAGAAGUGCAGCGAAUAGAGCAGCAAGCCAAGCAAGAGUCAGAGAAGCUCAAAGUGCAGGCCCUUAAGGAGCGGGGCCUCUCCAUCCCACGGGCUGAUACGCUAGACGAAUACUAGGUGCUCAGUCUGGACGUUUGCAGCUGUCUCCAAGCGGUGAUCAAAAUGGAAAUUGUAUGUAGGCUCCUUGUGCAGUUCCCUCCCCCCAACAGCCACCCUUUUUUUCCCCAAGCACAGAACACAAUUUAAUCAUGACGUAUCAUUGUUGGUGAAGACCUGAAAAGAUCCCAGUCGUCUUAACGCAAUCCCAUGUGAUGGAGAAGCUGUCAAGAGUGCUGACUCAGGACAGAAAAAAAAAUCCUUUAGUUUUAGGUUCUUUUUAUUUUGUUACGUGACUUUGGAGGAGGUGGCAUAAACCCUCUCCUGACGUGUAAAUAAAAGCUAACUCUGUGAA